AUGAAGCUUUACCUCACUUACCAUCGCAUUGUGCAGGCACGUCGUGCCGAGUCGUCAGGACCAGACUUGUAUCGGCUAGAUGUGCCUCCUGAGAGCUAUGUCGUCUUGGCGCUGUACCGUUACUUCGAAAUCAACUCAUCGAACGUUGAGGUUCAUUUUGUGCAAUGCAAAGCGUCCUCCAACGUGCUCUUGGUUGUCCUAUCAUCGUCUAGUUUUGGCAAGUUGCGUUUUUUCGACCAAGUAGACGACGAAAAACAGACAACAUCCAUCGACGAUCCGGCCCUAUUUUGCCAGUUGCCGUCGAUUUCUAGCCGCGACUCCACUUCAAUCGUAUCCGGUCUUUGUGGUGUAUGUCGUCUUAUUACACAGGAACAUGUAUCUCGCGACAAAUCCGCAGUGGGAUUGCUCGGCUUUAAGGGUAACACUUUGGUCGCUCCCGCGGAUGCCUCACUUUGGACAAAAUUUUGCGAGUUGGAUAUGGUGCGGUGUGUGGGGAAAAUACUAAAUUUCGAAUCCAGUUACGCCGCGGCAAAUGUAAUUACACUUCCUGACGAAUUGGGACAAUUAGAACGCCACCUACAGCAGCCCCUUAAAUCCCAUAACAUUUACAAGCUCAUCAAUCUCGUUAAGAACGUGCGCAUUUCGUCGCAUGGUGAACAUUGUCAACUGACCGACGCUGAGCAACGAUUUGAUUUUCACGAAAAUCACAAAUUUGCCGAAGGUUACGAGAAAACGCUGGCGGAUAUUAUGCUUUUUAUAUGCCUGGAGUUGGCGGAGCGCCGUUUGGGGAAGGAAUUGCUCAGCGUGAAAGUACCCCACGUUUCCGGGUGGUUCGAACGCGUCGAUCAUGACGACGCAGGGAAAUUACAUCAAGUAUGCCACGAGAUUCUUCCAACCAUGGAUAAUGCUACCACACUAGCAAACAUAUCAUCGCUCGCAGCAACAAUUCAGGUGAAGGUGCCGCAAGAAUUUAGUUUGUACAAAUCGGACACCAAAAAGUUAAACCUUAAAGAAGACCAAAUACUUACGACUAAUCAGGCGGAGGUAUUGGAAAUUCUGCGCAAAGUAGAAGCGAUUCGUACCGACAUCGGUAGCGAGGUGAACGAUUGGGAAACGAAUCUGUUUGAAUGGGAAUCGAUACCGUUGGAUGCACGACCUGAAGGUGGCAAACUACCGCCGGCCCGCAUUCUCCGAAAGCGUCACCAGCUCGAAAGCUUAGUGAAUGAAGUGGUGCAACUUGCAACUGAUGGGAAUGUCAUCGUCGACUUUUGCUCCGGCACAGGUCACUUGGGAAUAAUUUUGGCCUAUCUGCUGCCCCGCUGCCACAUUUAUUUACUGGAAAAUAAGGAAGAAUCACAGCAGCGUGCAAAGGAACGUGUCGUUCGGCUGGGCCUGAGCAAUGUAACGUUCUUUCAGUGCAAUCUGGAUUACUUCACUGCACGCUUCGAUAUUGGAGUUUCGCUGCAUGCAUGCGGUGUAGCGACGGACAUCGUGCUAGAGAAAUGUUUUGCCCAAAAGGCACACUUCGUCAGCUGCCCCUGCUGCUACGGAAAGCUGUACAACAUCGAGCACGUGGCGUAUCCAAGAAGUCACCUGUUCCAGCAGUCCGGACUGCUGCUGAAGGAGUACUUCUGCAUAGCGCACUGUGCGGAUCAAACGCAUGAUCUGACUAGCGACCGAACGAACGUCGCCAAGGCCCAGCAGGGUUUCCACUGUAUGGACGUUAUUGAUAGGGAUCGGGCGCUGAGGGCUGAGGAGCUUGGCUAUCGUGUGCUACGAAAGCGUUUGAAGGACGAAGGUUGUACUCCUAAAAAUCGGUUAUUAAUAGGAAUUUUUACAGAAUGAUGUAUUUCUACUGGAAUGUGGCUGUAGGAAUGGAAUAAAACGACGUUUGCAAGGUUUAA